CCAGCGGAGAAAAACACUUAUUUCAAGCGAGAAAAUCAUGUAAAUCGAUAAAAUUUCGAGUUUUAAAUACGUGCCUAAAAGUAUCAACAAUAUUACUCUGUAUUAGUUGUUGAAAAGGUUCAUUUCGUUGCACAAGUUUAUCAGAGGAGGUACUAUACUUUUGUUUGUAGUGUUUCAAGAAGUCUGCCCUAAAAACCAGGAUAUUCGUCAUGAAAUUCAUCGUGUUCGCGGCGGUAUUUGGUUCAGCCCUUGUAUUUGCGGCAGCUUCUCCGGCAGCGGAUACAUUUGAACAGCAAGUACAAAAAAAACAAGAAGCUGCUGCCAAGCAUUGUAAUGCUACUUAUCCAGUUACCGAAGAUUCACUUAAUAAAUUACGAACUCACGUCAUCAAUGGAGAAACCGUCACAACUAUAUGGCACUAUAAAUGGUGUAAUCUGCUGUGCAUCCUUGAACAAAUUGGAUUCUACGAUGCUCAAGGUAGAAUGCAAGUUGGAAAGAUUUACAACUACACAUUGAAAUCGGUUCCUGAAAUUGAACCCAACAAGCACUCGUUUUUGAUUUUCUUAUACCAUGCUGCUCGAAAGACCGACCGUAAGAAUUAUUUUAUGAUAGGUCUGGAAGAUAAAUGUCAGAAAGCUUACAUAGCAUACUACAUGUUUGUCGAAGCCAUUUUGACACAUACAUUGGCUGUUGAUUUGGAAACUUUCGACGCCGCUACCAAGGAAAAAAUUGUAGAAAGUGUGCUGACUGGAGACGUAUUACCGAACGAAUUACAGGCUACCGUCGCAAAAUGGUUCAAAAAUAGCGAUUCAGUUAUCAAACAAGUAGCUGGAGAACAAAAUACAGGUUCGGUUUCUGCCCCUGCACCUGCUCCUGCUUCAACCAGUUAACUCGAAGGUGUUUUUACAAUAUACCUACAUUUAUUAUACCUUCACAAUACUCAUAUCGAUAAGAAAAACUGUUCAUCAUAAUUAUCGCAAAAUAUGCCUUAUUUUAUAGAUUGAAUUUUAUUUAAAAAAUUAUAAAGUAAUAAAAAUCCGGUUACUUUUUUAAAAAAAUCAUUUUUUAUUUCAAAAGCUAUAGGUGGAUAAGUAUGGUGAACUCGCCCCCGAGAGCUUCAGGGUUGAUAUUUGCAUGGAAGGUGGAUACCCCUGAGCACCUUCCGUCAGCAAAGUUUCAGACCCCCAGACCGCUCUGUUUUUGAGACCCCCCCCCCUUUUCUGAAAUUACAAUAAAAGAAAAAUUUUCUCAGCCCCAUGUGAACUGAUUCUUUUGAUUUUUCAGUAUGUUGUAAACAUCCAUAAGAGAUAUCCCCUCAAAAAUUCUCACCCCCUCUCCCCAUAUUUUCCUCUCAAAAUGGGGUUUUUUAGCUUUGUUUACCCGUUUUAGCGAUGACCAUGAUUCGGCACAAAAAUGGGAAUAGCAUUCUUAAGUGUGUUUUUGAUGCCUAAAAAACAUAUAUUUUUUUCAAAAAAAAAUUUGAGGUGGGCCGUGGUCAAAAAUUGAAAAAACUUACAGAUGGGGGUAAAAAUGGAUUCCGGUGUAAAUUAUUGUUUUUGGUAAACGAGGUGUCGUUUCCAUAUGAAACGAACCCCCCGAACACGAAUAUGACGUCCAAUUUAUUAUUACCCUCAUCCACACCCCUGCAGUGCCUCUGCCCCCACCUCAUUUUUACUAUAAUAAAAGUUGGGCUAUUUUCAUAAUGUUGGUGUCAUUUUCAUAUGACUCGUUAAUCGAAUUGUAAUAUGAUGAAAUAAAUGAACUCAUGUUAUA